AUGCCUGAGGUUUAUGAUGCUUUUCUCGUCGGUGAUUUCAGUGUACAGAUGUCCAAAAGUAACCCAUUUGGUCAAAACGAGGCCGACAAGAUCAUCGAGAAUACGAUCAACAGGGAUUGCAAGACGAGUGGCGGCUACAUCGGAUUCAGUGCCAAUUUCGCGGCGACUCAGCGGUGGGUCUUGAACAAUUCCAGGCGCAGCUCAUACAGACGACUCUUCCGCGAACAUGUAUGUAUCUCUGCUGCCUACUGAGAACAAGCCCCACAAAGAGCUCUCACCUUCCCAUAUAAGAUCAGACAUGGAAGCUGUAGCAAAUGUGGUUGACGUUUUGGAAAAUGUUUUCUGUAAUCCGUGGAACAGAGACGUCGUGCACCUGAUUAGCCUGUCAACCGGGAUAUCAGCAACUCCUGAGGUCAGAGAUGACCUACUUCAGGCUAAUGAAAAGGGAAAAAGCGCGUCUAGGAAAUUCGUGGAACAGCGAUGCUCAUCUGAUGAAAGUGUUCCCUUUUUUGAUCCUCUGACAAAGCUCAAGCUUAAGUCAUUCAAGAAUCUCAAAGCUAUUACGAAGGUUCGUUCUAAGGAUGCUGUAAUUCCUAUCAAACUAGAUCGAGACGUAUUCGCGAGGAUGGCGUUAUUGGGAUAAUUUCGCAAGAUAGACAUGCGAUUGGUGUUUACAUAUCCUCUCGGACCACUACCUUGGGCGCUAGCAGCUCCUUAUGGACUUCCAAGAAAGACUAACAAAGCCAAGUUAGCUCAGCAACUGGAAAAGCAAGUUUUCAUCAAGGACUGUUAUCCACUCGAUGCUACAAGUAUUUAUGACGGAAUGGCUGUGCUUCAGAAGUUUAAACCACCGCCUGGAGCCACAUUUGCAGUUCUAGCCGAAAGUUUGUUCACAAUGUUAACCAGCAACUCCAGCAAGCGAAUUGACGUUGUCUUCGAUAUUUAUAAGGAUAUCUCCAUAAAGAAUGCAGAAAGAUCGAAACGUGCAACUGGACCAAUAGGGAUUACUUACAAGAACAUCUUGCCCAGUUACCGAGUGAAGAAUUGGAGCAAGAUCCUGAGUCUAUCAGCCAACAAAACUGAGUUAGUGUGGUUUCUCGUGGGUCAAUGGAAACAGGAGCAGUAUCGAGACAAGCUUCUCAACAAAACACUCUACGUAACUGAAGAGGAAACGUGCUGGAAAAUCAGCUCGUCAGAGGCCAGAGUAGUACCAGAGCUGAGAAGCAACCACGAAGAGGCUGAUACCCGUAUGGUCCUACACGCCAAGCAUGCAGGUGGCAAGUGUGUCAUCCACUCAGAAGAUACGGACGUUAUGAUACUACUCAUUGGCCACGCCCACAACCUUGGCAAGUGCUACUUGCAGAAGGGAAAUGGAUCAAAGCGUAGAAUUGUCGGGAUCUCUGAGAUUGCUGAUCAACUGGAAAGGCAAGUAGCAGAUGGAAUUACAAAACAAGAAGCUUGUGAGGCUUUAAUGGGGCUACAUGCGUUAACAGGUCGCGACACAGUGUCAGCCUUCUCUUCGAAGGGCAAAUUGCGGCCAAUGUAG